AUGUAUCAAUUUGUAUCCUACUUAGUUUUGAAAUCGUUCUCUUUUUAUCUACACCUUAUGAAGUAUAUAGAUACAUAUAAGCAUCUAUUAAUUCUUAUUCAUAUAUCAUCCUUUUAGAAAUCACCUUAUAUUUUGCUAGAAGAUUUUAAUUACUAUUACUUCCCUUUCUAGGUGUAAUUAAAUGUUGCUUUUUAUUUUUAUUUUCCAAUUUCAAUUUCAGAAGAAAUAAUCAAAUAACACUACAGAAUUACCCAAUAGAAAAUGUAAAUAUCUAAUUGUAUAAUUUGUUUAGAGAAAAUAACAGAUAAAUAUAUAGUUCUUCAAUGUGAUCACUCUUAUCAUAAGGAAUGUAUAGACAACUGGGUCAAACAAAAACCAAUAUGCCCUAUGUGUAGAUCCUCUAUUAAAUGA